AUGGCGGUGCCGGUGGUGGAGCCGGCCCGGGCCGGGUCCCGGCUGGGGAUGGCGCUGGGGCUGGCGGCGGGCGCCGGCUUCUGCCUCGGCGUGCUCUGGGUCAUGCGCCGCCGCUCCAAGGAGGCGGCGGGGCAGCCGCGCCCCGGCGAGGCCGUGCCCGUUCCCGUGCCCGUUCCCGUGCCCGGGGCGCUGCUCCCGGUGGGGGAUGCAGCCGAUGGAGCCGUGCCCAGCCCCCUGCUGCUGAGGCAGGACGAGCUGCUGGAGCGCCUGGACUUCGUGGUGAGGAACGUGGCCGAGCUGAGGAAGGAGGUGGAGGAGCUGCGGAACAGCCUGCAGGACCUGGCGGUGGAGAUCGUGGAUGAAGUCAGGGCCCACCUGGAAGAAACCCAGCGUGUGGGUCGCCGGAGGAAGUUCCCCUUCAGGGAGAGAAGUGACUCCACAGGCUCCAGCUCCAUUUAUUUCACCACCAGCUCAAGGAAUCCCAACACAGAUGAUGGAGAGAGUGAAGGGGGUUACACCACGGCCAACGCCGAGUCCGACUACGACCGGGAGUCGGAGCGGGAGAGCGAGGACGAGGUGAGCUGUGACACCGUCAGGACCAUGCGCAGGGACUCCCUGGAGCUGCCCCCCGAGGAUGACAGCUGUGACAUCGUGAAGAGCCUGCACAAGGACUCGCUGGAGCUGCCCCCUGAGCUUGAAAGCCGUGACAUCGUGAAGAGGCUGCACAGGGACUCGCUGGAGCUGCCCCCUGGGAGUGACAGCUGUGACACCAUCGGGGACUCGGUGGAGCUGCCCCUGGAGGAUCAGAGCCCUGUGUCCCCAGAGAUGUCGCUGGAGGAGGGGCUGGGGCAGCUCCUGGAGCAGGCUGACCGCCUGCACAGCGGGGAUGAGAAGGACAGGAGAGAGGGCUUCCAGCUGCUCCUCAACAACAAGAUGGCGUACGCGGGGCAGCGCGAGUUCCUGUGGCGCCUGGCGCGGGCGCACUGCGACAUGUGGGAGCUGACAGAGGACAAGGACGAGAGGAGGUCCUAUGCCACAGGGGGGAAGGAAGAGCUGGAACUUACCUUGCCGAAUUGGGAUGAAAGCGCUGAGUGCCACCAGUGGUUUGCCAUCCUCUGUGGGCAGGUGUCGGAGCAGGAGAGCAUUUCCAAGCGCAUCCAGGCUGGAUAUGUUUUCAAGGAACACAUUGACAAAGCCAUUGCCCUGAAGCCACAGGACCCACAGCUCUACUAUCUGCUGGGAAGGUGGUGUUACCACGUUGCCCACCUGGGCUGGCUGGAGAAGAGGACGGUGUCGGCGCUGUUUGAGGCUCCCCUGACAGCCACGGUGCAGGACGCGCUGCAGAACUUCCUGAGGGUCGAGGAGCUGAGCCCAGGGUUUUCCAAAUCAGGAAGAGUUUACAUUGCCAAGUGCUACAGGGACCUCGGGAACGACUCGGCGGCCGUGCUGUGGAUGGACCUCGCCGCGGAGCUGCCAGGGUACACCAAAGAGGAUGCAGAAAGUGAGAAGGAACUUGAGGAGAUGCGCUCAGUUUGUAAGGAAUAAUUGUGGAAAAACUCAUCCCACUGGAGAGACAGUAAAAUUCCAAAUGGAUUUCAUCAUCCUGACAAUUCCAAGUACACUUCAUGGAUAAGCAACAAGAGCUUACAGGAAAACACCCAGCAGCACAUCCAGGAAAACAUCUUGGCAUUAAUGGGAUAAAAUAGUGAUUUAUUUUCCUUUGUAUUUGUUUGAUUUUAGGAUCCCUAAAAAUGUUACAUUCCUGAAAAAAGGGGGGAAUGUUUAUAGGUAGAGUUUGUGAUAUAAAAACUUUUGUGAUUAUAUAUAUGUGUGUCUAUAUAUAUAUAUAUAUAUGGCAGAUAUAUGUGAGAUAGAUACUUUGUGAUAUAAAUAUGUAUUAUAUAUUUUUAUAUGUGUGUGUAUAAAUAUAUAUAAAUAUUUAUUUAUAUAUAUAAUAUAUAUAUUAUAUAAAUGCACAUAUAUCUUUUAUAUCACACUCUCUACCUGUCAGAAAUCCUUGCUGGUGAGCUCCCAGUUAAUUCCUGAGGAAAACUUGAGCCAAAUUUUUUUCCAAUAUAUUUGUAUUGUCUUUUCCUUAGUAAUGAAUGGAAUCAGUUGUAAUAACUGUUUAAUGGGUCUUGGGGAGAUCAAUUUCCAAGUGGGACCAAGGAACUUUUCUGCACAAUCCAGACUGGAUUUUAAGAGGUGCAUUAGUCAAAGAAGUGAGGAAUAGGAUUUUAAACUUCAGGAUUUCUCCCAGUGAUGUUUCUGUCUUGUCUUCGUUCACACAAGGCUGAAAACUUCAGUCCCUCCAAACUGUGCUGCUGUGGUUUAAAUGGAAUGACUGAGUUUGGGAAGUAGUUCUUGAGCAGAGAACUGCCCACAGGGGUGGGAAUAUCCUGUGGCAAGGAUCAUGUUUUGCUGUGAUGAUCUUCUGUCACUGACCAGAUGAAUUCCCUUUGAAUUAAUUAUCUCCUGGACUAAUGAGGCAUCGAGGAGGUGAAGCCAAGGACUGACAUUCCUCUUGCAGCUCCUGGGGACCAAACAGCAGCAGGGAAUUGUGCUGGAUGCUGACACAGAUGGGGAAGGAAAACCUGUUGUGAAAUUCCCCACAUAUCUGUCAAGGCUUUGUUGGUAUCCCUUAAAAUUCCAAUGGCAGCUACUGAACACUAAUUCCUGAAUGUCUGUUCCAUGCUGGGGUGGUUGUGAGGGGUAAAGUGAGGAGCGUGUGAGUAAAACAUUCCUUAAAUCACCUUUUUUCCCCUUGCACUGUGGUGGGUUUGUUACUUCCUGGAAAUAACGCUGAAGGGGAGAAGUGCAGCAGAUCUCCAGCAUUCAAACU